ACUCUUAGCUGAGUCAAUAAAACUUUGUCCACUGAGAAACAGCUUUCAGCAUACAACUUGCCUGUCCCAAAAUGAGGUCUUACAGAGAUAUAUUUGUGUUUCUUUUAUUUCUCUACACAGUUGAAGGAGAUAUUCUGGAUAACUAUGCAAGGACAGAUGGUGCUUGGAUCUUCGGCGAACAUAAAAGAAUGUACAGAACACUCAGUAAAGAACAAUGUGCAGAAAAAUGUGAAGCAGAAACAGCUUUUUCUUGCAGGUCUUUUUUAUAUGCUGUCAAAGAUCAACAGUGCAUUACAUUAGCUGACAACACCAAAACAACUGUUGUGUUCAGAAGUGCGGGUGCAGUUCUCUUUGAAAAAAAGAUUUAUUUGCUUGAAUGCAGAAGAGGAAACGGAUUCGACUACCGAGGAACUGAAUCUAAAACUCAGAAAGGUAUACGGUGCCAGAAAUGGACCGACAACAGUCCUCAUGUACCCAAUUAUACCCCUCAAGCUUACCCAAAUGCUUCACUGGAAGAAAACUACUGCCGGAAUCCUGAUAAUGAUGAGAAAGGCCCCUGGUGCUACACAACGGAACCUGAAACGAGAUUUGAUUAUUGUAAUAUCCCAGAAUGUGAAGAACAGUGCAUGUACUGUAGCGGAGAAAACUAUCAAGGGAAAAUUUCCAAAACAGAAUCUGGACUGGAAUGUCAGCCUUGGGGUUCUCAAGAACCUCACUCUCAUGGAUACAUCCCUUUGAAUUUCCCAGAAAAGAAUCUGAGGUCAAAUUACUGCCGUAAUCCUGAUGGUGAACCGCGUCCUUGGUGUUUUACCACAAACCCAACUAAACGUUGGGAAUUUUGCAAUAUUCCACGGUGCGCUACGCCACCUCCAGUCUCCACUGUGGGGCGGCAGUGUCUUGCAGGAAGGGGAGAAGACUAUCGAGGGAAAAUUGCUGUCACAGAAUCAGGAGCAACAUGUCAAUCCUGGGCAGCCCAAACACCUCACGCACAUGCUAGAACUCCAGAAAACUACCCUUGCAAAGGUUUGGAAGAAAACUACUGCAGAAACCCUGAUGGAGAGACCAAGCCUUGGUGUUAUACCACCAAUCCAGAUAAACGAUGGGAAUAUUGUGCUAUUCCUAGCUGUGACAGUCCAACUGUUGCAGCUCCUGUUAUUCCUGAGCAAGGGCCAUCUGUCCAGGACUGUUAUGAAGGCACUGGCACCAAUUAUCGGGGUACCAUGGCGAUGACUGCCUCUGGAAGGAAAUGCCAAGCAUGGAGCUCAAUGACACCCCAUCGUCACCAAAAAACCCCAUCUGCAUUCCCAAACGCAGACCUGAGGAGAAAUUACUGCAGAAACCCAGAUGGCGAUCGGGCCCCCUGGUGUUACACCACUGAUCCCAUGACAAGAUGGGAGUUCUGCAAUCUGCAAAAGUGUCCUGAUCCUGCACAGCAACAGCCUAAGCCCACAUUGACAACAAACCCGGGUAUGACUUCUUUCCCCAGAACAGAUAACCAAGAAAACAAAAUAGCCCAAUGUAGAACUGGAAAUGGUAAAGAUUACCGUGGGAAGAUUUCAUCAACAUCAGGUGGCAGGACUUGCCAAGAGUGGCAUUUACAGACACCUCAUCGACAUGAUUCUUUCACACCAGUCUCUCAUCCACGAUCAGGACUAGAAAAAAAUUAUUGCAGAAAUCCUGAUGAUGACGUUAAUGGUCCUUGGUGCUAUACCACAGACCCAAAUAAAGCAUGGGAAUAUUGUGAUGUCCCACAGUGCCCUUCUCCUGAAUAUGAGUGUGGAAAAUCCAAAUAUGUACCACAGCUGUGUUUUGGAAGGAUUGUGGGCGGGUGUGUUUCAAAUCCCCAUUCUUGGCCCUGGCAGAUCAGUCUCCGAACAAGUUUCAACAUGCAUUUCUGUGGAGGCACACUGAUAGAUCCACAGUGGGUUCUGACAGCAACUCACUGCUUAGAACGGUCAUCGAGGCCUGCUGCUUACAAAGUGGUGGUAGGAAUCCAUACCGAGAGGGCUCUAGAGUCAUCUGCACAACGUCGAAAUGUUCAGAGCAUGUUCAAAGAACCACAUGGAGCGGACAUUGCCUUGCUGAAACUAAGCAGUCCUGUAAUGAUCACGGAUGAAGUAAUUCCAGCAUGUUUACCUUCAACCAAUUCAGUGGUAGCAGGUGGAGCAGAAUGCUAUGUCACUGGAUGGGGUGAUACAAAAGGCACCGGUGGAGAAGGCGUACUUAAAGAGACUGGCUUCCCUGUAAUUGAAAAUAAAAUAUGCAAUCGGCCUGAAUUUCUGAACAACAGAGUGAAAGCCACAGAACUUUGUGCGGGUAAUAUUGAUGGUGGCACUGACAGUUGUCAGGGUGACAGCGGAGGGCCUCUGGUCUGUUCAGAACAAGGAAGAUAUGUCCUUCAGGGAGUCACCUCCUGGGGGCUUGGCUGUGCUCAGCCCAUGAAGCCGGGGGUUUAUGUCCGCGUUUCUAGGUUUAUUCCAUGGAUUGAAAGAAUAAUGAAAGAAAAUUAAAUUGCCUCUGACUUAAUGUUGAAAGCAAGAGAGAAGAAAAGACAGAGAGAGAAAAGGAAUUUGAAAUGCAACACCAUUAAAUAAUUUAAUGAUUGUAAAAUAAAUGUCAAAUACAUCCUGGAAGAACUAUGAUCGGAUUGGCUACUUUAUAUUUCCUUACAGCAUGUUUUGUAGUUUGUCCUUUGCCCAUCCUUACUGGUAGAUUCUGGGGACAGUAGCCCCCCAGAACAACUUCUCUUUGUUCUGUGUUCACUUACAAGGUGCUAAACCUCGUUGAACCUUCAGUCAAACUAGUAAUGUGAUAAAUCCAUGAAUAAAAGUGUUAGUAUGUGGAAAACCUGACAGCAUCCAUAGAGGAAAAUAUACCUGCCCUCUGGCCCAAGGGGCUUGCCUUGAAAUUUCAGUGUGAAGAGCCCUCUCUGCUUGGACCGCAAGCCAUUCCAGGUCAUAGCAUUAGCUGAAGCAAAUAGCAGCUGCCAUGUCCAGGGAAGGAGAGAGAUUAUGAUUGGGAAAACAGGCCAAGAGAAAGGGUUAACUUUUCUUCCUGGUGCCAGAGUCCUAAUUAUGAUCCUUUCUUAUCAAAACUAGUUUGGCUCUUGACAGGAUGCUGUCCUCUUGACUACUUGAUUCAGAACUAUAGCAAAUAAACAAAUAAAUUGGUGUUAAUCUAC